GGUGCAGCAUCACACGAGAUCAGAUUCGGGUGUGACUGCGAGUCAGUCCUGUGCAGGUCGAAUCUAAAUAUCUGCUGUUGUGAUUAAAUUUAUUUUUAUACUUCAGGUUUAAUAGUUUAUAAUAAUCAGGAAAUGUGUUACAGGUGUGAAAUAUAACUCAAAAGUGUAUUCAAAAUUCAUUAUUAAUGCUUCGUCAAACUAAAACCAGUAGAAAUGCACCGCGAAACGAACCCAAGUUAUCACCGGGCUCCUGUGCCUCAUCCACGGUAUGGACCUCCACCCGGAACCGCGCCUCCUUUUCCAGGCCCAUUUAACAGCCCGAACUUCCCGAACCUUGUGUCUUACCCCAGACCAGUUCCUCCUCCAGUAUACCAGAACUUCAGCUCCGAGACUCAUUAUCAGACAGUAGCUCCUCCAAAUCAGUUUCCUGCAGGAUGGACACUUCAGGAGGACGAACUGCAGAAUCUGGAGGUGAAGAAGAAAGCUGAAGAAUUUCUGCGCAUCCUGGAAGCAAAAGAUCGCCUUGAUAUUUCCAGCGAAUCAGGAGACAAGAGCACGAGACGUCCGAGCGCAGACCCUGAAGCUGAAAGACGCAGUUCAGAGAAGCACUCAAGGGGCCGAAGCCGGAGUAGAGGGAAGAGCCGAGGAAAGAGCCGUGGGAGGAGCCGUGGGAAGAGCCGAGGAAAGAGCCGUGGGAGGAGCCGUGGGAGGAGCCGAGGGAAGAGUCGAGAGAGAAGCCGUGGGAGGAGCCGAGGGAAGAGUCAAGAGAGAAGCCGAGGGAGGAGCCGAGGGAAGAGCCGAGGGAAGAGCCAAGCUCGCAGUAGAGGGAGGAGUCGAGGUCAGAGCAGAAGCAGGAGUCGAGGGAAAAGCUGCAACAGAGCAAAGAGCCAGCCUCGCCAUCGCAGCCGCAGCAGGGGACGGAGCUUUACCAGGAGUGAAAGCCAACCUCGGCUCCCAAAAGGAUCUCAAGAAGAAGCUCCUGCAUCAGUCAGAGGGACAGUCUCAGACCUCUUCCAGAACCUGAAACAAGUUCUACAGAGCAGAGAGCUCAGUGUGGUGAAGAACACCAUCAUGAUCAACCAGGCUCAGGAUGACAUUAGAAGAACUUCACAGAACCUUUCUGAACCUCAGACGGAGUCCCCUGAAGCCGCCCGAGCUGCUCACUCCGUGCUUCCUCACGAGCGAGUGGGCGGAGCCGACAGAGCCUUAUCUUGGAUCUCAUCCUGGAAUGAUCCGGGGCAAAAAAACGAAGCGUUUCAGAAUAAACCCGUCUUCUCCAGCAUCGAGGAUGAGGAGGAGUUUCUCUACGGAGAUGAAGAAGGGAGGAAAAAACCCCAAGCCGUCACUGUCCCUCUCGCCCAAACCAGACCUGCCGAAAAUCCCACCUCGUCUCCCUGUCUCUCCAAACCACCCGUCCUUCAGGAGCACAAAGGCCAAGCCGCGACCUCCACGCGACCCACGAAUCUGGACAUGUCGGCAGAGAACUGCGAGAGGUUAAAGAACCUGCUGAACAACAUCAGGCUGAACCUGAGUCCAGCUGACAUCAGCAACUUGGUGACCAGACUGAAGCAAAAGCAGGAGGAGCAAAGAGGUGCGAUCUCGAACACGUCUCUCAGAGCGACGCUGGAGACAACGCUAAAACACCAUAAAGUGCAGGAGUCUGAUGAAAGGCAGGGUGUCCGAUCCGAAAGCAGCCUUUCCCACAGAGACAAGAAGAGUGAGGAGAAAGAGAAGGAGCAGAGAGAGAAACAGAUCCAGAAGAAGAGGAAGGAGUACCUGGUGAAGGAGCUGGAGGGCCUGCUUAAGCAUGAAGGUUCGGGUGAUUUGAUCCCUGUGAUUGGAUUCUUCUGUCAGCGCUGCGAGGAGUUUUUCGGAGACCUGAGGAGCGCUGAGGGACACAAGCACACAACCACCCCCCCGGUUUACACACUAAACACCAACACCACCAAUACCGCUCGGAUACUGGUGUCUAAUCUAAUUCUUACAUCUUUAUUUCAUUAUUAGAGAUCCUAAUAGUGGUGUCUAAUCUAAUUCUUACAUCUUUACUGCAUUAUUAUGUCUCUGAUAUUGGUGUCUAAUUUAGUUGUCAUGCCUUUACUGCAUUAUUAUACCCGAUAUCGAUGUUUAAUCCACAGUAGCUCUUAUAUUUAUAUAGCAAAUAUUAUUAUUAUUAUAGAUUUGAAACAAUAUCUAAUCUAGCUUUUAAAACAUCAUUACCACACUAUUAUAGCUCAGAUAUGUCUAAUCUAGUUCUUGUAUCUUUAUUGCAUUAUUAGAGAUCCUAAUAGUGUCCAAUCUAGGUCUCAUCUUCACUGCUGUAUUAUAAAUCUGAUACUGAUGUCUAAUCUAGUGCCUAAUCCAGUUUCCAGCACUCAUAUAUUUGACACUGGUGUCUAAUCUAAUUCCAAUAUCUUUGACUUACUGUACCUCUGAAUUUAGUUCUUAUACCUUUACUGUGUUAUUAUACCUGGUAUUGAUGUCUAAUCUACAGUAAUCAUAUUUAUAUAGCAUUAUUAUAGCUCUGAAACUAAUGUCUAAUCUAGCUCUCAGAACGGAUCCUUGCCAAAUUAUUAUAGCUCUAAUCCUGGUGUCUAAUCUAGGUCUCAUACCUUUACUGCAUUAUUGGAGAUCCUGAUAGUGGUGUCUAAUUUAGGUCUCGUAUCUUCUUAUUAUAAAUCUGAUACUGAUGUCUAAUCUAGCUCUGAUAUCAGUGUCCAAUCCAGUUAUUAUAUCUUUACUCAUUUCACUGCAUAUAUCUGAUACUGGUGUCUAAUCUAGUUCUUGGAUGUUUGU